UAGUAAUGUAACUUUACAGCUGUGUAAUGGUUUAAAUAGUCACGCACCUGACACUUCCUGGUUUUAUCUCUGCAGGCUGAAUGUGUUAGCAACGCCUUGCACAUAGGAAACCACAAACAGUUUUAUUCCAAAUAUAACCACAAAAGAUUAGACAUAGGCCGUCAUACAGACCCUGAAGAAGAUGAUGGAAGAAUCGAAUAUCAGCACGAUUAGUGGGACGCUGACAUCUCUACCAAACUAUGCUGCAACACAGCUGGAAAAAAGGUCUGAAAUCAACUCAGACCUAAAGGUAACAAGCACAGAACUACAUUCUGUACCAGUGGAGAAUUCCAGAGACCUUUCCAGCGUGUACACUGCAAAUCCUCGAGAGAACUUCGUCCCAACUGUCACAAAAGUAGCAUGGCCUGAGUCCAAGAAGGAAAGAAACCAAGAGUACUUUGUUCUCAGGCCUGGAACAAUCGAACAAGCAAUUGAAGAUAUUAAGAAAUACCUAACUCCCCAGGAGGAUGGCGACAUGCAGAGCAGCUGGCUUCUAACAGAGAUCGACCACUGGGACAAUGAGAAUGAACGGCUUGUACUUAUCACCCAGAAGUCAAUGAUCAUCUGCAAAUAUGACUUCAUCAGCCUGUACUGUGUUCAGAUUCUACGUGUCCCGCUCCACUAUAUCGCUACAGUCUGCAGUGGUGAAUUUACUUACACCAGGUCAACUCUUCACAAAAGACAGGGUCAUGGCCUAAGAAUUAAAUGGGAAAAACUACAGGAGCCAUCCUUUCUCACCCGAUGGAACCCCUGGUCCACUGACCUGCCAUACAUUACUUUGACUGAGCAUGUGGUAGCUAAAAUGAAAAUACCAGACAUGUGCCAGCUGGACAGCUUUAAGGCUCAGCUAAUCGAUGCAGCUCAGCAAGCCAUUAAAGAGUCUCCAUUGCCAGGCAGAGCAAAUGGAUUACUAAUACUGGAGCAGCCAAUCGAGAUAGAUACAUUUGUUGGACUGAUGGCCUACGUCAGUAAUGCAGCCAAGCUAGGUUAUGCCAAGUCUCGGGGUAUCUUCAGUUUCUGAGAAUAAAUAAAUCAAUCACCGUAUAAACUUUCAAAGACACUGUGAUACUGAUUUUUAAAACCUAUAAUGGAAAAGUCAUCAAACACAAACACAUGAAAUAUCAUAUUAUCAGCUUUUCUUAGGUAUGAUAUAUGGCAACAACUGCUGGUAAACUGGUGAUACAUUAGUGAAAAAAACACUGCAAACUGUCUGUACUGUGGGUAGCAACAGAAUCAUUUAGAUGUGUUUCCUAUUAAUGGAAAAAAAUAAUUUACUGUUACAUAUUAAAUAUUGCUGUGUAAUAUAGAAUAUUGCAUUUUCACAUAAAGAAAAUUAAUGAUUUUGAGGAAAAAUAUAUGUGAAGCACCUUAUAUUGUGCAACAAUGAUAUGCAUAUGUAUGCUGAUUGGAUAUACACCAUAAAAAGCAUUACUUUUUACAGCUGUCUAAGCAAUUAACUCUCACAGUUAGUGAAUGCAUCCUUAUGUUUAUCUCUUUAAUCUCCUGAUAAUUGUUUACUUCCAGAAAACAGCAUUAUACCUUCCAUAUUCCCCUGUGCUUGUAUUUUAGGGUAAAUGUUUCCUUCAUUAUAGCUGUGCAAGUUCAUACUGUAUGUAUUUAGGGAAAAGAUACAAGCAGGAAAUCUAUAACACAGUGAUUUGUCUGAGAAUUAAUCCUAGGCUACCCAAAAUACCCUUCGAUAUGUGGUACUAACUUUCUUCUUUUCUUUGAUAUGUUUCAAAAUAAUCUGUCCACUGCAAUCCUACAUGAGCAUAGUAAGUAAUAUUGGUGGCCAUGUUAGAAGAAUAUAUCUAAAGACAGUCCUAAUGACAUCUGCAUCUGUGGUUCAGCUGGUAACAAAAUCAUUGGCAUUCCAGGUACUCUGGGCUCAUAUCCAACAUGAAGCAUUUAUGUUCAAGUUUGUUUAUGUGCUUAUUAACUAAGCACUAAAUACAACAUAAGAACUAAAGUAAAACACAUCUUAGCAGUAUAAAAUCCAACAAUGAUAAUAACUUAGUAAAAAGAUGGCUAUUAACAUAUAAUAUGGUUAAAUACAAGGAAAAUUAGGCUAGUUUUCGUAGGCCAAGUCAUAGGGAUAUAUUUUUGAAAGAAUAGUAAGAAUCAGCAGAUGCAAGGAUCCUCCUUUUUGGGAAAGAAGUUCCAAAGACAGAGCUCCCUGCCAUGCCAAGGAAUGUUCCUUAGGGCCCCUGACAUGCCAAAGAAUGUUCCUCAGGGCCUGCUGACAUGCCAAAGAAUGUUCCUCAGGGCCCGCUGACAUGCCAAGGAAUGUUCCUUAGGGCCCCUGACAUGCCAAAGAAUGUUUCUCAGGGCCCGCUGACAUGCCAAGGAAUGUUCCUUAGGGCCCCUGACAUGCCAAAGAAUGUUCCUCAGGGCCCGCUGACAUGCCAAGGAAUGUUCCUCAGCAGCCUCAUGUAGAACCCUCAGAACCUCCAGCAAUGCACGGCACAAAGGAAUGUAGGGGGCAAGCAGGCCACUGCCAG